AUGGUGCGUCAAAUGACAAACUUGGAUGAAGAGGCUGAGAGAAGAAAGAAAGCCAAUGCCCCAAACUAUGUACCCUUACCUAUACCAGGAGUUCCUCCUUAUAGUGAGACUAGUGAUGGUCAACCAAGUGAUGUACAAACCAAGAAAAGAAAGGAGAAUCCAAUCACUAAGCUAUAUGAUGUACAAGCUAGGAAUCAUCUAGAUGCUGAGAUUGCUCACAAUAAUUUGAGUGGUUAUAUUCCUCCAAACUAUAACAAGUUAAGAAACCACCUUGCUCGAAAAAGAAUUAGAACAUCUAGAUAUGCUUUUGGAACCAAUAAAAGCUACGUGGAGGGAGAAAGGGUUACAAUAGUGUCUGAUGGUUGGAGUGAUCCACAAAGAAGACCUUUGAUUAAUUUUAUGGCUACUAGUGAGAGUGGUCCCAUUUUCAUUAAAAGUGUGAAUUGUUUUGGUGAAGUCAAGGACAAGUACUUCAUUGCAGAUCUUAUGGAAGAAGUUAUUGAAGAAGUUGGUCCCAUGAAUGUUGUUCAGGUAAUAACAGACAAUGCUAGCAAUUGCAAGGGUGCUGGUGAACUUAUUGAAAUCAAUGCAGGUGAAAAACUUCAUUAUGAAUCAUUCUAUGAGACUAGCAAUUUCAAUCGAUUUUCUUCUUUGAAAUUAAUUGCAGUGGCUGAUACUCGUUUUGCUUCAGUGGUUGUUAUGCUAAAGAGGUUUAAGCUUCUAAGGCGUUCUCUUGAGGCCAUGGUGAUAAGUGAAGAAUGGGGGGGUUACAAAGAGGAUGAUCAAGGAUUGACAGAUGAUGAUGAUGAUGAUUACUCCGAGUUUUUUGAAGUAGUUCAUCGCAUUAUUGUAGCUCGUUGGACAAAAAGCAACACUCCUCUUAAUUGCUUAGCUCACUCAUUAAAUCCUAGGUUUUAUAGUGAGGCAUGGCUUGAAGAAAAUCCAAAUAGAGUACCUCCGCAUAGAGACACAGAAAUAUCUGAAGGAAGAGUAAGUUGUUUUAGAAGACUAUUUCCUGACAAUGCUGAUUUUGCCCGAGCUAUGGAUGAAUAUACCAUGUUCUCAUACAAAUAUCUUGGACAACCUACUUCAUCUUCAUGUUGUGAACGUAAUUGGAGCAUAUAUUCUUUUAUUCACUCACUUAGGAGAAAUAGGUUGAAUCCAAAACGAGCUGAAAAUUUGGUGAAGAUUCACACUAAUCUGCGUCUUCUAUCAAGGAACACAAAUGAAUACACAGCUGGGAAGACAAAAUUGUGGGAUGUAGGUGGUGAUCAAUUUGAUGUCAUGGAUGAUGGGAACGAUGAAAACGCCUUUCUAGAGUUUGCCGACCUUUCUCUUGAUGAACCGGAUCUUGAAUCUGUAUUUUUUCCUUAG